AAUGGAAAAAAAAUAAAUAAAAUGUCAUGAGAUUGUCAUUUUUAUUCGAAAUUAAAUUUUCUUGAAUUUUGUUUGAUCAAUAAAAACUAAAGUUAUCGCUGUUUACAAGAUUUUAUAAAAACAUCAUGGCUCCAUUAUUAACGUGUACAGCAAAUAGUUUAUGUCAUGUUGAUUAUGGAAUACCAGUUUCAGUUUAUAAAAGUACCGAUUAUCGUACUUCUACAGAUACUUCUCACCAUUUUAUGCCCCCUUUACCCCAAGAUUUUGAUUGUAGAGUUAAAGCGAAAUUUAAUCCAAUUUUCCCAAAUGAAUGUAAAAGAAAUGAUAUUCAAUUUAAAACUAUUUACAACCAAGAAUAUUAUACAAAACAAGCAAACACCUCGCAAAACAUGACAAGGGCUACAGAACGUGAUAAAGUUCUUUAUUUACGGAAUAUACAAGAAAGAAUGUUUGCUGCUCCACCACCACCCCUUGGUACUCCAACUACAACUACAAAACAAGAUUAUUGUGGAUCAUUUUCUCCACCAACGUAUCGACAAGUUUUUCCACCAAAUCCAUAUGCUUACUGUCCUAUUAAAGCUUUAGGUCGUGACGAAUCCAAACCAAUUCCUCCAGAAUUACCCGGAGUUUACCGACAUAUGGAUCCAUAUAUGACCACAGCCAGAAUGAGUUACAUACCAUUUACAAUUAACCAACAAAAUGGAAUAGCUCGUAAAGAUAUAGUUACAUAUUAUGAUGCGAAUAACAUACCAAGAGCUGGUAAAGGUUAUGGUCCAAGAAAUGGUCCACCAAUUGAACCGAGCUAUCAAAGUCCAAACUUUAAUAUGAUUGAUAAAGUAACUUUUAAAACGAAACACCAAGGAAAAUUUAUACCGCGUGGAUUAAAGAAACUGCCAAACGCUGGGAAAUCGGAAUACGGAAGCAAUUACACCUUCCAAACAUAUUACGAUUCCUACCCAUUUAUAAUGACACCAUUAGUAGAUUGGACCGAUUCGUUACCGAAGUCUUCGAUUUGGCAGGAUUUAUCGCCCCCGGGAAUGUACUGUACCGAGUAUUGUCAUAUUGGAAAAGGAUGGCCGGUUAGGGCCGUGGUAGAUCCGAACCUUCCAGUCGAAAGCAGAUUUCGCGAUCCUGAUUUAUGUAAAGAUAUCGAUAAUCCAAUGCAAAUUGUGUGUGUUGAUGCUUAAAAAAACAAAAUUAUAUCGAUAUAUGAAAAUAUAUUUAAAAAAUUUUUACAGUAAAAAAAAUAAA